CGCAGCGGCUGACGGCGGGGGAGGAGCCGGGUCCGCUGCCGGGUGGAGGGGCCAGGCGAGUGUCCUUAUCCUAGCUACUGGGGCUCGGGCCUGUAAGCCAGUUGGAGUCGCGUCGGCGAGAACUAUUGGGCCGAGCGAAGGAAGACGAAGACAUGUUGCUCUUCGUGGAGCAUUUGUAGGGUUAAGUGGCAUGGGAUUUCUGUUUCUGAUAGUAAAUAGCAGGUAACUUCUAAAGGAACUGGUUUAAAUCCUAAUGCCAAAGUAUGGCAAGAAAUACCUCCAGGAAAUACUGAUACCACUCCAGUUACUCAUGGAACUGAAAGCUCUUGGCAUGAAACAGCAGCCACAUCAGGGUCUCAUCCUGAGGGUAAUAGGGAGCUUUCAAAUGAUAUGUGUAAGGAGUAUGAAAUAAUGUAUUCAUCUUGUGAAACUACCAGAAAUACUCCAGGCAUUGAAGAAUCAACCGAUGGAAUGAUUUUAGGACCAGAAGAUCUGAGCUAUCAAAUAUAUGAUGUUUCUGGAGAGAGCAACUCAGCAAUUUCUACAGAAGACCUGAAAGAAUGUCUGAAGAAACAAUUAGAAUUCUGUUUCUCACGAGAAAAUUUGUCAAAAGAUCUUUACCUGAUAUCUCAAAUGGACAGUGAUCAGUUCAUCCCAAUUUGGACAGUUGCCAACAUGGAAGAAAUAAAAAAACUGACCACAGACCCUGACCUAAUUCUUGAAGUGUUGAGAUCUUCUCCCAUGGUACAAGUUGAUGAGAAGGGUGAGAAAGUACGACCAAGUCAUAAACGUUGUAUUGUGAUUCUUAGAGAGAUUCCUGAAACAACACCAAUAGAGGAAGUAAAAGCUUUGUUUAAAAAUGAAAACUGUCCCAAGGUGAUAAGCUGCGAGUUUGCACACAAUAGCAACUGGUAUAUCACUUUCCAGUCAGACACAGACGCACAGCAGGCUUUUAAAUACUUGAGAGAAGAAGUUAAAACAUUUCAGGGCAAGCCAAUUAUGGCAAGGAUAAAAGCCAUUAAUACUUUUUUUGCUAAAAAUGGUUAUCGCUUAAUGGAUUCUACUAUGUAUAGUCAGCCCAUUCAAACUCAAGCACAGUAUGCCUCACCAGUCUUUAUGCAGCCUGUAUAUAAUCCUCACCAACAGUACUCUGUUUAUAGUAUUGUGCCUCAGUCUUGGUCUCCAAAUCCUGCACCUUACUUUGAAACACCACUGGCUCCUUUUCCCAAUGGUAGUUUUCUGAAUGGCUUUAAUUCACCGGGAUCUUAUAAAACAAGUGCUGCUGCUGCUGUGAACAUGGGUCGACCAUUCCAAAAAAAUCGUGUGAAGCCUCAUUUUAGGUCAUCAGGUGGUUCAGAACAUUCAACAGAGGGCUCUGUGUCAUUGGGGGAUGGACCAUUGAACAGAUCUGGUUCAAGGAACUUUCCAACUGAACGACAUAACCCCACAGUAACAGGGCAUCAGGAGCAAAGCUACCUUCCAAAGGAGACUCCCACUUUGCAGAUGGAGCAGAAUGGGGACUACGGAAGGGGCAGGAGAACUCUUUUCAGAGGUCGAAGACGACGGGAAGAUGAAAGAAUCCCAAGACCCCAUCCUUCAACAGCUGAAGCAAAGGCUCCAACACCAAAGUUUGACUUACUAGCCUCAAAUUUUCCUCCUUUACCUGGAAGUUCAUCAAGAACACCAGGUGAACUUGUUUUGGAGAGUAGAAUGUCUGAUGUUGUUAAAGGAGUCUACAAAGAUAAGGAUAAUGAAGAGUUGAGAGUGAUUUGCCCAGUGCCUGCAGAGGAUGAACAGACAGACUGCACCUCUGCCCAGCAACUCAGUACAAGUACCAGUCCUCCAUGUGCAGCUGAGCUUUCUGCAUUAAGCACAACUCAGCAAGAAAAGGAUCUAAUAGAGGAUUCUGCUGUUCAAAAGGAUGUUCCCAACCAGACAACUAUACCAGCUUCUUCCCCGAGUACUGCAAAGCCAUCAAGAACAAGCACUGCUUCGUCAUGUCAUAGUAACGUAAAUGCAGCUGCAGCUGUGGCCCUCCAGGAACCCCGAAAGCUAAGUUACGCUGAAGUGUGCCAGAAGCCCCCUAAGGAGCCAUCUCCAGUCCUUGUGCAGCCACUACGAGAACUUCGCUCCAAUGCAGUAUCUCCCACCAAAAAUGAAGAGAACGGAGCUGCGGAGAAGUCCAUUGAGAAAUCAAAUGAGAAGCCAGAAGCAAGGGCUAGUAAGGAUUACUCUGGCUUCCGAGGCAAUGCCAUUCCUAGGGGAACAGCUGGAAAAAUCAGGGAACAGAGACGCCAGUUUGGCCAUAGGGCUAUACCUCAGGGAGUGACUCGACGUAAUGGCAAAGAGCAAUAUGUGCCACCCAGAUCACCAAAGUAAAAAAAACAAAAAGCAAAAACUAUUCAAAAACUUCUCUCUCUUCCCAUUAAACUCGAGCCGUGGCUAUAUUGAACUGUUGUGGAGGGGAGGGGGUGGCCAGGAAGGAAACAAGAGAAAGUACAUCCUUAAAUCAUUAUGGAUUUUGGAGUUGUGAGUGGUAGAAUCCCAAAAUUCAUCUCUAAAGUGAUUUUAAAAUGCUGGAGGAUUCCAAUCAGUAUAAAUAUAUAUAUAUGUAUACAUAUAAAAUAUAUAAUUUUUCUAUUUUUGUUUUUGAUUUUAAUUUGCAGAGAUCUUCUGCCCGGAAUCAAUUUUGAGGGUUCAGAUUUAGCUUGGGGGGAAGAAACGUAUUACACAUCCUUCAGUAUAGGAGAUGAGGGAGUGAGAGAAAAUAUUUUUUGAAGAAGCAUUUCUGUAAAAUUAGAAAUUACUUUUUUUAAUCUAUUUAAAGUUUGGCUUGGAGAAUACCAUUUCUGCCUAUACGGCCUUGUGUUGCAAAACAGAUCAGUGGCUGGGGUGCCUGUUGUGGUGUGAGUGUGUGCAAGUGUGAUUGAAGCCAAAUCUGUUGUCAUGUUAGUAAAUGAUUUGAAAACUGAAUGUAAUACUUGAGUAGAUUUUUUUCUCCAGUUUUAAAAUUUUACUCUUUUUGACCUUACUAAUAUUUCAUUCAGCAAGCUUAUUAAUCUCUGAUUGUACUUGGAGAUGUGACUACCAAUCAGUUUGAUACUCAAGGAAAGAAUGGGGGUUAUUAAAAAAGAAUUUAAAGUUUGUCUUGGAUCUGAGUGGGUGCGUCCAAUGGAAUUCAGAGAUUUAAGCUGCCCUGUGAUUCCUCCACUCCCCAACCCCCAAUUAGGAAACAAUUUUUUAGUUACGUAAUUUCUUAUCUCUAUUCUUUGACUACCCCACCCCCAACAGCAAAAUAACCAGCCACCUACAGAAUUGUAUGUUUCUAACUGCCUUGAUCAGUCUAAUCAAAUCAUAUAACUGUUCUAAAUUUCUGACUUGAAUAUUAUUUUACUCUUCUGUUUGUGUAUUUAGAACUUUAAAUCCAGAAUGUUGGGGCAGGCUGACCCUACAGUAAUUUAUUUGUGUUAGUGUUAAAGAUGAAACAUUGUAGCUGACUCUUUAAAGUGUUAAACAGUGUAGAGGUAAAAAAAGAAAUCUCUUUUUAAAGGCUUAAUUUGGGGACGACUUUUUUUCUGUUUACAGUGUAUUUAUCAUCUUCUUUCUCAAAAAAAAAAUUACACUUUGGAAUUUACAGAAAUAGAACCAGGAAGUCACAAAAUUUUUGAGUUAAGGUUAGAAAGAUAGUUAUAAUUAACAUAAUUUCUCAGUGAAUAAAGUUGUUCUCAUAUUAAAUAGGCAAGUUUACAUGCUGGUGUUUAGAGAAUGGCUAAAAAAUUAAAAACCAUGUUGCAUUAAUCUGUUUUCAGUCAUACCAUUUUCAGAGUUCUAUGUAAGGUGGCGUUUUGUUUUCUUUUUAGGGAUAGUUUGUGAUAGUAAUAACUGUCCCUUAUGUUAGUGAAUUACACAUGUACAAAUCGAAACUGUAAAUUGUGAACACUGGAAAGUACCAUUGUGACAUAGAGUCAAACAUCUUAGUAAUAUAUUAAAAUGAAUGUAAAUGGAGGUUAAAAUUACGUUACUGUGAAACUCAUCUUCCAACUCUAAGUUAAGCUUUGGCGAUUUGUAUUAGUAGAUUACUGUUCAGAGCUUUGAAAACACUGCACAUUUCUGUACAAGCCAGAAUUAUCAUUUCUUUGUAACUUAUUAUUCAGCUUGGCAAUUGCUUUUGAUUUGGUGGAUUGAUAACAUGAUAUAUAUUUAAGCAGUUUGAAACUAUUCAUUUCUACACACUAUUUUUUAAAAUCAUCUACUAAAUGAAACAUACAAUAAAACUACCUGUGCUGAGAUUUGGGGGAAGUUUAGGUCCUUUAAAAAAGAGUAUUAAUAAUCAUUGACUACAUCUAUGAUGAAAGUGCUUAUUUUGGUUUACUUAGAUAAUGCUGCAGUUGGUGGAAAUGAUAAGCAUUUAAAGUGUUAAUAUUCUGUGAAUGCAUUGGAUUUAAGAAUAAACAUUUUAUAAAAAUCACUUGGUAAGGAUUAUAAAAUUUAAUUAUUGCACUUAAAAUGAAAUAAUACUUUUUUUUACAAUGUGUCACAGAAAUAGGCCUAUAUUACUUGUAUCCUUGUGUGACUUACGGUUAGUCCACUCAACUUCUAGAAACUAAAUAUUCUAAUUGAUAAACAAGAGAAGAGUUCUUUUUGAAGAAAGCAAGUAUGUUCUUGCUUUUUCCAAGAAUGUGUUAUUGAAAGUAGCAAUUUAAAGACAUGACCGACCAUUUAAAAAAUUUGUAUUAAAUAUAGUGUUUUUAACUUUAUUUGCCUCAUUACAGCUAAUAAAUAGUUCCCAUUUUGAUGGGAUGUAUAGGGAAGAGUGUGUAUGGGUGUGUGUAUGGGUGUGUGUAUAUAUAAUAUAUAUAUUCACAGUAUGUAUUUAGCAUUUAUUUUAUUACAUCGGAUUUAAGGUAUCUGAAUGAUACCUGUGAGUUAUGUGAAACUGAUGGCUUCUUUGUCCAGCAUUACUCGUAACUGAUGAGGGUUGGCCAUUCAUUGUAGUUCAGCUAUUUAUUUAGUUCAUUAGAAGGAGGAAUUUAAAUGUCAAGUUUUCUUCCUCAUCCUUAUGAGUUAACACUUCCUUGGGUUGUUGGAGGGUAAAAGUAGAUACAAAUGAUACUGAGUGUAUGGUACAGUGAUAUUCUCCCAUACUUCUUAAUGCAUGAAGAGAACAAGAGUCACACAAGUUUAUCACCUUGCACUUCAUAGAGAAGGUAUAUAGAAGUAUGGCAAGACCUAUCUCCAUUUUCUGUCCCAGUAAUUAAGGUUUUCAUGACAUGUAGGCCUGUCUUUAAUCUGAGUAAUUUCAUUUUUGCAAAUGUAGACACUGGCAUUCAAAGGAAUGAUCCAUCUAAAUUUUUUUCAACUGGAUUUUGGGAGAAGAUACGAUCUUUUAGUAGUAAUACAGGUUUAUUGUUAUCACUUUAUGUCCUCAAUUUGCAUGUGAUCAAAUGACAUGCAGAUUUUAAUUUAUUUUUGGUUCCUAAAAUUAAGGUAGCUUGAAUAUUGUUUUACAUUCCUUUUUCUUUUUAAAUAACCAGGUUGGCUUUGCAGAAGGCUUAAUGAUGGAGUAUUAGCAUCUGCUGGAGCAGAAAAUAGUAUUUAAAAGUUACUGAACACUUUCCAUAGUUUAUUAGUUAUGGCCUUAAUAUUUCGUCUUUUGGCAAGUCCACUGAUUUUUCUUUGACACAGUUGAACAGCACUGGGGUUAAGUCUCUGAUAUAUUAAUGUUGGCCAUGUACAUUAACCAUAUUUUUAAAGUACUAUUUUGUUUUUACAAAAAACGUAAAAUGCAGACAAGGACCGUAUAUUCUUUUUGAGGAGUUUUAUAAAUUCUUCACUACAGUUUGUGGGGUUUUUCCCUAAUUUUUUAUAUUUUCUUGUAAUUUGGUGGCCAUUAAUUUAACUUUGGGCUUUUUGGUAUAUGCUAAUUUAGGUAGUCAGAGAUUUCAAGAAGAUACAUAAACAUUUCAGUUUUAAUUAAUUGAAUAAGGACAUUUUAAGUUGAAAGAGAAGUUGUUUUCAAGUCGAAUAUGUUCUCUUUCAGAAUUUACCUGAUUAUUAAAUAAUUUAAAUUUUAUUUUUAAAAGCUGAGAAUUGUUGAGUAGGCAGUUCCUAAAAGUACAAGUCAGAUAGCAAAUAUCAACAGACUAGUGUGUAAAAUAAAAUGGUUUUAUUUUCAGUUUUGCAGCACAAAAUACUCAUUAGUAUAUAUAAACAUCCACAUCACUAUGGACUUUUUUUUUUUUUUUUGUCUGAUUCAGAUGUCUCUCGAGUGACAUCUCUUAAAUGUUUGGGGUUGGGAAUCAGAACCAGUUAUCUGGCUUCUCUUGUCCAUUGCUUAGGUUUGUUCUUGUUGUCAAAACUGUCCCCCCCCCCAAAAUGGUGUGACACAUGCUCAUGCAUAUUAUGUUAAAAUGAGUACAUCAUUGUAUUUGUAUUUUUGUUUUCAACAUUGCCAAGGUGCUAUGGGAAAUUAAAGUAACACAAAAUUAGAAAAAAUAAAAUUAUUAAAAAGCA